CCCGCCCGUCUCUCCUCAUUUGGACUGCAGGGAUAACGACCUAAACCGUGAUAUCCCCGCGCAGAAACCACUGAGCAGGUGCUGGUGGCAGCGCUGUCAUCAUCCGUACACCGUGUCUUCCAUCCUGCACCUCUGCGCCAAAGGUCCCUCAGUGCCAUUGGAGAACAUGAAAUGAGCGUGGUCAGUUUUGUAACGAUGCAAAGACCGAAAGAGACGAUAAGUGGAGCUUUCGUGUCAAAGGAAUCAACACAUCAUCUCUAAGGCUCCUGUAUGGUUCCUGUCACGGCCAAACGCUCUUCAAACAUGAGGAUUUCAGCUGAGUCGACGCAGCAGCCCGAGUCGUAAGAAGCUCCGACUCAUCUCGGCCUGUUUUGGGCCUUCUCAGUAGCCGUUUUUACUCCUGGUUGCUGCCCUUUUACCAACAGUUCACCAUGCGUCCUUCCCUGGCCACAGCAGUCCUACCUCCAAGGACCCGUUCUCACAAUCCUCCUAACCUUGCAGUCGGGGGCCGUGAACACCUGUCAGCGCCUCGAAGGCGCAGCCCCCAUCUCCGGCAUACACUGAGUCCAGAAAACCUUCGAACUCUUGCAGAGAGGGGCGGAGCUUCUGUGGACACCGUUUCUAUGGUCAGCAGUCCUAUCGGCCUACCACGAGCUAACAGCGACACGGAUCUCGUGACUUCCCACAGCCGGUCUUCGCUAACGGCGUCCACUUUGGAGUACACAUUGAACCGUGGCCAGAACCUCGUCAUAUCCUGGGAUAUCAAAGAGGAGGUGGACGCUACAGACUGGAUUGGACUCUACCACAUUGAUGAAACCAAUCCGUCAAACGUUUGGGACUGUAAAAACCGAGGAGUGAAUGGCACCCAGAAGGGUCAGAUCGUCUGGAGGCUGGAGCCCGGGGCCUAUUUUAUGGAGCCCGAGACUAAGAUCUGUUUUAAAUAUUACCACGGAGUGAGCGGAGCCCUGAGAGCCACGACGCCCUGCAUCACCGUGAAGAAUCCUACAGUACUGGCGGAGGGGCUGUCAGAACAGGUGGGCGUCGAACAUCCGAGAAAACUGAUCAGCUUUACUUUGACAGAUCUGAGGGCCCUCGGCCUGAAGAAGGGGAUGUUUUUCAACCCUGAUCCGUACCUGAAGAUGUCCAUCCACCCGGGGAAGAGGAGCGUCUUCCCCAUCUUCAGCCACCACGGACAGGAACGACGCUCAGCCAUCAUCGCUAACACCACCAACCCCGUCUGGCAUGGAGAGAAAUACACAUUCGUAGCACUAAUGACGGACAUUUUGUACAUCGAGGUGAAGGACAAGUUUGCCAAGAGUCGACCAAUCAUCAAACGCUUUCUCGGUCAGCUGACUAUCCCUGUGCAGAGACUUAUUGAAAAAAUACCUGGAGUUCAGCCAGUGAGUUUCUCCUUGUGCAGACGACUGCCCACUGAACAUGUGAGUGGACAGUUACAGUUCAAAGUGGAGCUCACAUCAACAGGACCAGAUGGCGCCUCUCCAGAUUCUAUCAUCGGCAUGUCGUCCUUGAACGGAGCUCCAGGGACUCCAUCCGAUGAUGAGGAUCUGCCCCAUCAUCUUCCAGGAGUAAAUAUUGUAUCAGUGGUCUCUGCUGGUCCGUCGCCUACUGGCUCGCAGGGCUCACAGGGCACGUGGGAAGGCGGGGCCUCAGCCUAUCCAGAGAAGGACCUGUGUCUUAUCGGAGCCGAGGCCAGAUAUGUAGACGCUGAAAGUCUGUCAGGCCAUGAGAUGCUUCAGAGGUCACUCAUCGAGGGCCUGGAUGCUAUCGAGGCACCCAAAGGUCCCGGUGAAAGACCCCUGGGCGCGGCCUCACCUAAACUACGCUCUAGCUUUCCGACACACACCAGGCUCAGCGCAAUGUUGCACAUCGAUUCAGACGAAGACGACGAGAGGUCCGGGGCCAAUGACAUCACUCCCUCGCCGCUGUCACCGCUGCUGAUGAAUGGGGAGCCGCCAGAUAUUCCUGAUGAAGAUGAUCCAUUUCCUGAGAUCCACGAGGAGCCAGAGCAGCUGGAGCCCUCAGUGCUGGAGGAGGAGCCUGGGGGUGCAGGUGAUACGGCAGGUGACUUACCUCCUGAGGCCGUGGUGGCUCUGGAGAUGGGGGCGGGUUUGGACUUGGAUGACUUUUUGGAGCCAGACGUCUUCUCCGAGGUGGACGACACUCCUUUCACAGAGGCAAUGUCCCAUAAUGUUUUGACAGAGGGUGGAGAAUUGCCCGAGGAAGAUAGGGGGGGUAUAGAGGACCCCUCGUCAGAGAUUGACACCUGCUCCAUGGCAACAGCCCAGCAGACUGUCGUCUCAUCAUCAGAGAGCUGUCCAAUCACACUGACGACGGCUGUGGAGGCGGAGGAAGGAGCAGAGACGGCCAUCGACCCAGGGGGAGAGGUAGUCUCUAACAUCCCACCAACCACUCAGGCUGUAGACGAUGAAGGUGGUGGGCCAGUCAGCAUCGCUGAGGCUGGAGCGGCUCCUCUGGCUCCUCCCACCAGCGCGCCAGACCAGGUCGAGGAGGUCAGUGUGAGGAGGCUGAGCAUGCAGGCUGCUGGGGGCGUGGCUGAAGAACCAGAAGGGGCGGGGUCAAAGCCGAAUGAGGAGGUGGGCUCUCUGGAUUCAGAGCAAGUCACUACGGAAACAGAUGGAGAGGAAGGUUCUCCUGUCAACGGCCAUCCUGUACGUUCACUUCCUUCUGUGCGUCAUGACAUCCACCGAUACCAACGUGUGGACGAGCCUCUCCCUCCCAAUUGGGAGGCUCGGAUUGACAGCCACGGCAGGAUCUUCUUUGUGGAUCACGUGAACAGAACCACCACAUGGCAGCGUCCCACCGGGCCUCCUGCCCCGCAGGGCCUGACCCGAUCCAACUCCAUUCAGCAGAUGGAGCAACUCAACCGCAGGUACCAGAGCAUCAGGAGGACCAUCACCAACAGUGAUCGGGCAGAAGAACCUCCGCCUGAGCUGCUGCCUGAAUCAGAUAGCGAACUGUUGCCUCACUCCAUUUCUGAGUACAGACGAGACAGUGCAGUCGCUCACUCCAGUGGUCGCUCGCGGCUCUCCCUGCUGCUGCAGUCCCCCAGCGCCAAGUUCCUGUGCAGCCCCGACUUCUUCACAGUGCUGCAUUCAAACCCCAGUGCCUACCGCAUGUUUACCAGCAACACCUGCCUGAAGCACAUGAUCAGUAAGGUGCGUCGGGACGCUCACUACUUUGAGCGCUACCAGCACAACCGCGACCUCGUCACCUUCCUCAACAUGUUUUCCAACAAACAGCUGGAGCUUCCCCGGGGCUGGGAGAUGAAGCACGACCAUACUGGGAAGCCUUUCUUCGUGGAUCACAACUGUCGCUCUACGACCUUCAUUGACCCACGCCUGCCCCUCCAGAGCUCUCGCUCCACUGGGCUGCUGGCCCACCGCCAGCACCUGAGCCGCCAGCGCAGCCACAGCGCCGGGGAGGUAGUGGACGACUCUCGCCAGCCCAACCCGCCCGUCAUGCCCCGCCCCUCCAGCACCUUCAGCGGCUCACGGAGUCAGUACCCGGAUGUGGUGCCUGUGGCCUACAAUGACAAGAUAGUGGCGUUUCUACGGCAACCCAACAUCGUUGAGAUCCUGCAGGAAAGACAACCUGAGCUCGCAAGGAACCACUCGCUCAAGGAGAAGGUGCAGUUUAUCCGCACUGAGGGAGUCAAUGGGCUGUCUCGUCUCUCCAGCGACGCUGACCUCGUCAUGCUGUUAAGCUUGUUCGAGGAGGAGGUGAUGUCAUAUGUCCCGCCAUUACUCCACCCCAGUCACUGCCUCUCCGCCUCCUCUCCUCAGAGCUCCCCUGGCACCCAGCGAGCAAACGCCCGAGCUCCUGCUCCCUAUAAACGAGAUUUUGAGGCUAAAUUGAGGAACUUCUAUCGGAAGCUGGAGACCAAGGGUUACGGGCAGGGACCGGGAAAAGUCAAGCUCAUCAUACGCAGGGAUCACCUCUUGGAGGACGCCUUUAACCAGAUCAUGUGUUACUCUCGCAAAGACCUGCAGAGGAGUAAACUUUACGUCAGCUUUGUGGGCGAGGACGGGCUGGACUACAGUGGACCCUCCAGAGAGUUUUUCUUCCUGGUGUCUAGAGAACUGUUCAACCCGUACUACGGCCUGUUUGAAUACUCAGCCAAUGACACGUACACGGUCCAGAUUAGCCCCAUGUCUGCCUUUGUGGACAACCACCAUGAAUGGUUUCGCUUCAGUGGGCGUAUCCUGGGCCUGGCUCUCGUCCAUCAGUACCUGCUCGACGCCUUUUUUACCCGACCCUUCUACAAGGGGCUUCUUCGCAUCCCGUGUGACCUGAGUGACCUGGAGUUCCUGGACGAGGAGUUCCACCAGAGCCUGCAGUGGAUGAAGGACAACGACAUUGAGGACAUGCUGGACCUCACCUUCACUGUCAACGAGGAGGUCUUUGGACAGAUUACGGAGAGAGAGCUGAAGCCGGGCGGGGCUGGUAUCCCUGUCUCAGAGAAGAACAAGAAGGAGUACAUCGAGCGUAUGGUGAAGUGGCGUAUCGAGAGAGGAGUGGCCCAGCAGACGGAGAGCCUGGUCAGAGGCUUCUAUGAGGUGGUGGACGUGCGUCUGGUGUCCGUAUUUGAUGCCAGGGAGCUGGAGCUGGUGAUUGCAGGCACUGCAGAGAUCGACCUGGCAGACUGGAGGAACAACACGGAGUACAGAGGAGGUUACCAUGACAACCACAUAGUGAUUCGCUGGUUCUGGGCAGCUGUGGAGAGGUUCAACAAUGAGCAGAGGCUGAGACUGCUGCAGUUUGUGACGGGCACCUCCAGUAUUCCUUACGAGGGAUUUGCUUCGUUACGGGGCAGUAAUGGACCCCGCAGAUUCUGUGUGGAGAAGUGGGGGAAGAUCACCUCUUUACCCAGGGCUCAUACUUGCUUUAAUCGUCUGGACCUCCCACCUUACCCCUCCUUUUCCAUGCUCUAUGAGAAGCUCGUCACUGCUGUGGAGGAGACGAGCACGUUCGGUUUGGAGUAACGUCCAAUCAGCUUUCACACAGGUUUACUUUUUGGAGACAGAACAAUCAAACCUUAUUGACUGAGGAGAGAAACCUGGAAAAUAAAAACCUAUAUCCUCAAAAAGGCAACUAACCCAUCCUAUGGAUUACUCUGCUGUGUUUUCAGACUGGCUUUUUUGUCACUCGGCAUGCAAGCUUCAAUCGAUUCUCCGCCUUUCUCUCAUAUCGAAGAGGAAGUGAGCACGGUUUGGAAGAAAGGCAGAAAAUCAGAGGAGGGUUUGGUAAGCUCUGUAGUACAAUCGCUUGUUUUCAUGGUUACCUUUGUUCAUUGAGCCACAUGUGUGCUUUAUCUCCUAAGUUAAUGGCCUUGUUUACUGGAUUUCUAGCACCCCCUCCUCCUCCUCCUCGUCCUCCUCCAAACUGCACCUCAGAGACAGCUGCUCAAAAUCCACUAAGCCCCCUUCUCCCUCUCUGGACCUCUAAACUGUGUCCUCUCUGCACUGAGGUUGCGUCAUUUUGAACUAUAAUACACACAUACUGAUCACCUUUGCACAAAACACACACAAACAUGGGACAUUUCCUUUUUUUAUUAUGCAAACUGGUGUUUCCCCUAUGUAUGUAUUUUUUAUCAGAAUGGAAAGAAAUGACAUUUUAGGUGUUGGCUGGACCUCUAUUGAUGCCUGCGUGAAGGGGAUACACUAGGUUGCACGCUUACACAUAUAAACAUACAUAAAAUACAUAAAAAGAGAUGUUUUGAGAGAAAAUACACUUUUUUCACAUUUUUGAUUCCUUAAAAAGGGGGAAAAUCUACAAAAAAAAAUAUGUUGGUGACAUUUAUGGACAGUGUCAUCGACCCAUUGUGAUAAUGACGGCAGGUUCUGGUCAGGACUGUUACCGUAGAAACUGAGAGAUUAGAGCUCUUAAGAUACAUCUAAAUACGCAACCGUGUUUCUGCAUUUACUCUUCAGCCAAUGUCAUAUUCAAAAACACAUGACGACAGUGUUACAGCAUUAGCCUUGAUGCUGUGAUUGCACUUUCUUACGGUCUAACUCACCACACAAUACAAAUACAUUUACUGACAGUUUAAUAGAAGUGCAGGGUUCCUCUCUUUCAAACCGCUCCUCAACUCAUCAUGAGCAAUAGAGGCAUUUUCUCACUCGGACAGAUGACGUCUGCCCAUUACUCUGACACACGGCGUCCUUCUCACUGAUCUAAUCGCCUCCCGCCCCAUGAAAAGUGAUGAAUGUACCAAAUAAGUGACUGAAUGUAUGGACCUUGAGUGACUGUGUUUUGCCCUUUCGAGGAAGAUUUGAAGAGGAGGGGUAGGAAUGAGGACGCACUUCACUCGACGUCGGCACCUUGAUUGAGCCCUGUGGAAAGCUGAAAGGACACGAGCCUGGCGUCAUCCAGGUUACUCGUUGAGGGUGCUUUGACGGGACCUUUUUUAGUGCCUCUUUGGUUUUCCAUGAAGCCAUGAAGUGAAAUUUCAUACGGGAAGCUGUUUUUGUUUCCUUGAACAAGUUUGACCAGAUCCAUGUGUCUCACAAAUCAAAGAUGGUGUAACUUCAAGAGCUGCUGUUUCAUUCCCUUAACAGAUAUCAACAGCAGGUGGCAGCAGUGUGUCCUCUCAUCACUAUAGUACAUUCAUAGCAAAUAACUGGUGAUUUUCUCCUUCUCAAAAGACCUGUCCAGGUGUUAAAGGGAUGUCGGAAGGAAUCAUGAACCAGCCUUUUGGGCUAAAUGGAUGAUGUAUUUCAGAACUUUUGGCAUACAAGUCCAUGCCAGACAAUAGUUUUGUCUUGAAAGCAUGUGAUAAAGAAAUUUCUCUAACUGUUAAGUGCACGACACAAACCCUGAGGACCCUCACACACUUUCUUACAUGCACACAAACACACACACACACACACACACACACACACACACACACACACACACUAAUACACGUACUUGUUUUCUAUGGGGUGCAUGCAAGAUUACACCUACUGUACAGAGUCCUGUUGGAGUUAGACCACAGGGGCUGGGAGAGAGACAGAGCCUCACAUGUGAUGCAGCAUGUGGAGGCAGACUUUCCUCACCCAGCCCCCCCUCUCCCAGUCCAAUACUGCAUGCGGGAUCUCCUCUGUCAGCUCUGUGAGCUGUGCUGGGGCAGAAACCCCUAGAUGGCGUUGUGUACUAGCUCGAUAUUGCAUGCUGAAAUAGUGCAACACACUGUCCUUACUAGCUUUUUUGCAUGAGGAUAUCGCUAUCCAUUCAGAAAAAGGGGUGAGGGAGCUGGUCAAGUUGUGUCACUUUGGUUGUGGCGCUCACUUGAGGCAUGCGUCCUUAUGCUUACCUGACACUGUCAUACCCUGAGUGUUACACUCGGGGGAGCAGGGUGUAGGAAAUACUGGUAGGUGCUUAGUUUUAGCUCUGGGAAUGGACAAUGUGUGAAUGCCGUAGUUUGUUUUCUCUAUGACAGUGUAACGGCAAGUAUCUCGGCAGCAUGUUUCAAAGAUGUUGUUACUUUCACAUGUGCGUGUCUGCCUAUCUUAGUAAUAGGUCCAUGGUUAUGGUUCAUUGUGAAUCAGCGAUGAUUCAAUAGGGCUGUUUUUGAUUCUGUGAAACGUGAGAGCACAUGUAAGUGUACCAUGUGUGAGGUCCUGUUUGUCUCUUUGUAUAUAAAUGUAUAUGUAUGUCUGUCCUCUUGUGUGUGUAUAAAUAUAUAUUUUGCACCGAAUGUACCAAAGGUUUGGGGCUUGCAAAGUCAACCAUUAGGCCUGCUCUCUCUUUCAGUCUAACACUCACAUCCCACUUGUGGCUUCUGCCAAACCCUUACAGAGAUCACCUCAUGUUGGCUUGAAGGGCAGAUUUGUGGCAUGGGCAGCAACGCUUCACAUUAGGAUAUAGCUCAUUUACUCGGUCAGUUUGAUGUUUUCUGCAGCAGAAGACUGGUACAGUAAGAUUGACUACUUGCUCUUCGUCUGAAUGAAGACAGCCGUACAUCUCGUCUUUCUUAGUUCAUUUCUGACAGGACCCGGCUCCAGUUUUCAGAAUUCCACUCUAUGCAAAGCUCCUGUAUGUGUGUCUCCAUCUCACCCCGAUGAUUGUAAUAAAAGAGAAAAUAUGGCAAAUUUUGAUUAACGA